CAUCUGUAGAAAUGGCCAACACGAAGCACUGAAAACCAGGAAAAUCAGCAAUCUCGAUUAUGAACUCCAAAGACCCACAUAUCAAAUUUGAUUCCCCGUUGGAUCCUAAAACCUCCCAUUAAAAUAUUUGCUUCUUUCACUGAGUGAGCGAGUGGUAUAUGAAGUGGAUUUCUACUGUUCUUGGUUUUGAUUUUGGUUUUCUGGGUCUGUUUCUUUUGGAGAAACUCCUUGUUUUUUGUUCAUGGGUUGCUCAAAUCCUUGCAAAACAGAGUCGAAAAUGGAUGAUUCGUUUGUUUGAGGUGUUUUUUUACCAAACCCAUAUCUGGGUUUUUGAAUCGAUUGCUUUCUUCGCACUGUUUGUGGGUCUUAUUCAGUCCAACAUUGUUCUUGCUUCAAGUUAUAAAUUCCCAUUUAAGUGAUUUGUUUAAUUCGUUUUCAUCUGUUUGUUCUUCUUCUACUUCUUCUUUUAAUCGAUGUUGAAUAACUUUGUGGUCAUUUGAGGAAGUGGGUUUGGAUUGGGGUUUGAGUUCAUACGGGAUGGAGGCUCUUCUUCCGCUGCUGAUUCUUUGUGUCGUUGCUGCUAAUGCGUCCGACCUUCGGGAAAUCGCAGCUUCACUCGGUGCUCCUACCGUGUCGCCGCCGGUUAAUAGCAUGCCUCAGCCGCCUUCACCAGUUCAACCCAGUUCCCGGCGUGACCAAACAAGCAAUUCAUCACCGAAUGUAGCUCCAAUCCCCGACCCAAUUUCUCCAGAGCCUAAUAUCCCUCCAGUAGUUGCUAUUUCGCCCAAAGCUGAUGACAUAAAGAGCUUAGAAGCACCAGUAGCUACACCUUCUAAUGCAUUGCCUAAGUAUAUGCUACCUGUGAAUCAUUCCCCAAAGGAAGCUCCUUCUACUCGCAAUGACAUGGGACGUUCUCGUGACACUCAACGGCCGAUCGUUCCACCGCGAAAAGCUCCGUUUCGUAGAGGAAAUCUUUCUCCAACAUCUCCUGUGCCUUCAAAUUAUAAGCAUCAUAGAAGGAGGAAUCAUAUCAUUAGUCACGCACCUGCACCUGCACCUGCACCGUCAUAUCCGAUUUCAUCCCGUGCGAUAGAAACGUCAGGACCAGUUGUUUCCACGGCACAACAUUCACACGAGAGAGGAGACUACGCUCCACCUAUGGAGUCAGAUCCUUCGUCGAUAUCUCCUUCACAUUAUGAUCGUCUACCGCUUGUGACUCAUGUUUCGCCUUCUCCUUCACCAUACCAGAAAAUGUCUGGUCAUACUGAAAGACAUUUUUAUCCCCCUAAAGCUUCACCUUCACCCUUGAAACCUUGGGCAAAAAGCCCGAAGAUGCCACCGCUGCGACCGAUACAUACAUUGCCUCCUCCACCUCCCAAUGAAGAUUGUUCAGCUACCCAGUGCACCGAGCCAUAUACAAACACUCCCCCAGGAUCUCCCUGCGGUUGUGUUUGGCCCAUGCAAAUUGGACUUCGCCUCAGCGUUUCGCUAUAUACGUUCUUCCCCCUGGUUUCGGAGCUGGCAGCAGAAAUUGCUGCUGGGGUGUUCGUAAAGCAAAGCCAAGUACGCGUCAUUGGAGCUAAUGCAGCUAACCAGCAACCAGAUAAGACUGUUGUUCUUAUUGACUUAGUCCCACUUGGGGAAAAAUUUGACAAUACUACAGCCUUUUUGACUUACCAAAGGUUUUGGCAUAAGAAAGUUUCUGUCAAAGCUUCCUAUUUUGGGAAAUAUGAAGUAUUAUACGUUCGAUAUCCGGGUUUACCUCAAUCACCUCCUUCUGGAGAUUCAGGAAUAGAUAAUGAGCCUUAUUAUAGUAAUAGUAACGAUGCAAGGACGGUUAAACCGAUUGGCGUCGAUGUACAGAACAUACAGCACAAAGACAGGAUAAGUGGUGGUAUGAUUGCCAUUAUUGCUCUAUCAACUACUGUUGCAGUCGUCUUAUGUGUUGCGACUGCUUGGAUUUUGCUCCUCAGACGCAACGAUGGCGUUUGUCAGCAGAAACCAACUCCACAUGCUUUGGUAUCUUCCCUCAAUAAACCAUCAGGUGCUGGUGGAUCAGUCAUGGCAGCCAUGCCUAGUUCUGCUUCUUUAUCCUUUGGAUCUAGCAUUGCCCCAUAUUCAGGAUCAGCCAAGACAUUCAGUGCCUCAGACAUAGAGAGAGCCACCAAUAAUUUUGACCCUUCAAGGAUAUUAGGGGAGGGUGGCUUUGGACGUGUUUACAGAGGCACUCUCGAAGACGAUACCGAAGUAGCAGUUAAAGUUCUCAAGAGAGAUGAUCAUCAGGGCGGUCGAGAAUUCUUGGCUGAAGUCGAAAUGCUUAGCCGUCUUCACCAUAGAAACUUGGUCAAGUUGAUUGGAAUAUGUACUGAGGAGGGUAGCCGCUCCCUGGUGUAUGAACUUAUUCCAAAUGGCAGUGUGGAAUCUCACUUACAUGAUGUUGAUAAGGAAACUGCCCCACUUGAUUGGGACGCUCGGAUGAAGAUAGCACUUGGCGCUGCUCGGGGUUUAUCCUAUCUACACGAGGAUUCGAGUCCGAGAGUCAUACAUCGAGACUUCAAAUCCAGCAAUAUCUUAUUAGAACAUGAUUUUACACCAAAAGUUUCGGACUUUGGCUUGGCUAGAACGGCAAUGGAUGAGGAAAGCAGACACAUUUCGACACGCGUCAUGGGAACUUUCGGAUAUGUGGCUCCGGAAUAUGCGAUGACGGGGCAUUUACUUGUGAAGAGUGAUGUUUAUAGCUACGGGGUCGUUCUUCUUGAGCUAUUAACAGGGAGGAAACCGGUUGACAUGUCGCAACCGCCUGGUGAAGAAAAUCUUGUUGCUUGGGCUCGUCCACUACUCACGAGCAAAGAAGGUCUAGAUGUUAUAAUUGACAAAUCGCUUGAUUCUAGUGUUCCUUUUGAAAAUAUUGCCAAAGUGGCUGCCAUUGCUUCAAUGUGUGUGCAACCAGAGGUGUCACAUCGACCUUUCAUGGGCGAGGUCGUUCAAGCUUUGAAACUAGUAUGCAACCAAUGCAAUGAUGCUCGAGAAGCAAUCUCACAAGCUGGUUCAAGCCUAGAUAAUUCAUCUUUGGAGAUGAAUGACGAGACAUUGAGUUCAAGAUACAUGCUAGACUCUUUUCGUAGCGAAUAUUUAGUAUCUGGCUCAAUAUCAGGUCUUGAUGUCAUCGAUACACGUCUCUCAAUCUCGGGUAUGUUAAAUACUUCAAUUGGAAUCGGAAUGCUAGAAUCUAGAUCACUCGAAAGAUGCUUAAGUUCUAGUCCUCUUCGAAACGGGAAAGGUAAGAGGCACUUCUGGCAAAGAAUGAGAAGAUACUCUGGAAGUAGCAUCAGUGAACAUGGAAUGCCUAGAUUAUGGUCCGGUUCUACCUAACAAACAAGCAAGUCCUUCCACAUACUUCAAAUUCGAUGUUGACCGAUUUUGAUCCAAUACGCCCUAAGACGAACGAACAUACGUACAAAUUUCAACUAACUGGCUUCCAAAAUAGCUUUUGCAGUGCUAUACACAACAACUUGAUGGGAUUGUAGAGGAUAAGGUGACGAUAAACUGGGGUGGAUACAAGAACGGUUAACAUUCUCGUUAUCCUCGACGUUUUUUUCUUCCUUGCUGUUGCAGAAUAAAGCAUUAGAGUGAAGAAAAUGCUGUAAGAUUCAGAGUCAAAUUUUUUUUUCUUUUCAAUCAAUGUAUAGAACACUUUGUAUCAUGAAAAAAGACAUCCAUUAGUCUCACCUGUAA